UCGAGGCCCCCCUCGAGGAUUUGGCUGCUCGACUCGAGACGCAGCCGCCGACGCUGUGCCGCCUCCUCCCCAAGGCGCCGCGCCGCCUCCCCCCCAAGUCGCCGCGCCACCCGACGCCUCGACGCCGGUGAUCUCCUCCGGCAUACUGGACUUCUCACCGGUGUUAAAAAGCCAAGAGCUCAAUGGAACCCAGCUUUGGAAAAGGGUUUGGUAGAGAUACUUCAGGAGCACAACACUUCGUACCAUAGGGGACAGAAUGGUUGGUCAACUGAAGCGUGGAAUAGGAUGGCAGAUUUAUUUCAUGAAAGAUAUGGACACACUAAUUUUACAAAGCUACAGAUUCAAGAAAAACAGAAAGACUUGAAAGCUCAAUACAGACUUCUUAAGGAUGCCCGCAAACAGAGCGGUGUCAGCUGGAACUAUCAUACACACAUGAUAGAUGCUGACGCAUAUCUUUGGCAAAACUUGAUGAGUCCGUGGCCAGAAAUAGCUAAGUUCCAGAAUAAGCCCUUUCCCCUCUACGAUAAGCUUGGUGAUCUGUAUGAUGGACAUAUAGCAGAAGGUAACUUCAAUUUCACAUCAACUGAGGUUACAGAAGUGAGUGAUGGUGAUCUCGAAGUUGAAAGAGAGAAGACUGCCUUCUCUUUUGACCUGAAUCAAUACGGUGAUGAUUUACACAUGUAUGAUGAUCCAAGAGAUGCCGCCCCAAGUGAUGGUCCAAGUGAUGCUGCCCCAAGUGAUGGUCCCAGAGAUGCUGCCCCAAGUGAUGGUUCAAGAGAUGCUACACAAAGAGGUGGUGUUGCUACUUCAAAUAACAAGCAUGUGAAGGAAUCAAAGAAGGGUAAGAAGCGUGAUGAUCCUAUGGUGGAAGUGAUGUCACAAUAUGUGGAGGUCAAACGGAAGCAAGUGGAGGAGGAGUCUGCUCUAUUGGCCGGGGCAAAAAAUGCCCAAGAAUUCUCCAUCAGCAAGUGCAUUGUUGUUUUGCACAAGAUGGAAAGUAUCCACCGCGAUGAAAGAGCCACUGCCUACAAAGUGUUCAAAAGUGUUGAGAACCGUGAGAUCUUUCUUAAUUCUGCCGCUGAAGAUGAAGAAAGUGCUGCAGUGUUUCUUCGGAGCGAAAUGGCAGAGUUGACUCAACGUAUCUAAGGAAAAGUCUCUUUGUUUGCUGAGACGAAUUUUGGUAUCCUCCAGGUCCUACUGAACCAGAUUGAGAAGUGGAACAAGCAGAGGGAGAAGGAGACGUUUGCAAGGUCCCUCGAAAUCGUCUGUUUGAGAGUCUCCUCGGUUGCUUUUGUGUCUGCGCUACUGCUGACUUGUAGUUGGAAUUUAUGCUCCUGUCAUGUACUCUCUUCCAACAAUCGUUGCGGAACAUCAAGUGAUGCUUUUCUCUAUGUUGCAUAAAUAGAUCAGCAUGCUUAUGUAUUCUCAGCAUGCUUGAAUGUACGCAUGUCUUGCCUGGGACUUGUGAAUGCCGAGAACCUAUGAGACAUUUUUGGUUCUAAGUCAUGCUGAUGUGAGAGAAUAUGCUGCUGUUAUGUGUAUGUGAUGAUAUAUUGAUUCCAAGUCAAUAGAAUUAUGUUGUUCAUGUGAA